AUGACAAAAAGUAGUUUAGAAGACUUGAGAAUAACUGGGUAUAAUGCCUUACUUAGUCCCAAUUAUAUUAAAGAGGAAUUCCCUAUUUCUGAAGUCUCUAUUGAAACAACAAUGAAGGCAAGAAAAGAAGUUUCAGAUAUUAUUCUUCAAAAGGAUGAUAGAAUUUUUGUUAUAGUUGGUCCUUGUUCUAUUCAUGAUACAAUUGCUGCUAAAGAAUAUGCUCAACUCUUACUUGAGGCUAAAGAAAGAUAUCAAAAUGAAAUUGUGAUUAUUAUGCGUUCUUAUUUUGAAAAGCCUAGAACAGUUGUUGGUUGGAAGGGUUUAAUUAAUGAUCCUGAUAUCGAUGAAAGUUUCAAUAUAAAUAAAGGCCUUCGCAUAGGUCGUGGAUUGUUAAAUGAAUUAACUAAUAUGGGUAUGCCUGUUUCUGUAGAAUUACUUGAUACUAUCUCUCCUCAGUAUUUGGCUGAUUUAAUUUCUUGGGGAGCUAUCGGUGCUCGUACAACUGAGUCUCAACUUCAUCGAGAGUUAGCAAGUGGUGUCUCCUUUCCAGUUGGUUUUAAAAAUGGUACCGAUGGUAAUCUAGGUGUUGCAAUUGACGGGGUUCGUGCAGCUGCUGUCUCUCAUCAUUUUUUAGGUAUCAAUAGUACGGGCACUGUCAGUAUUACGCAUACAACUGGUAACCCUGAUUGUCAUGUUAUCUUACGAGGUGGUACUAAGGGUCCUAACUUUGAAGAGAGCUAUAUACAAGAGACUAAAUCAAAAUUAGAAAAGGAAGGUUUACCUAUUUCAAUUGUUGUCGAUUGUUCACAUGGCAAUUCAAAGAAAGAUUAUAGAAAUCAACCUAAAGUAGCUCAAUCUAUUGCAGAUCAAAUUGCAAAAGGUGAAAAUGCCCUCGUAGGUCUUAUGCUUGAAUCCCACUUGAGAGAAGGAAAUCAAUCUGUGCCUACUAACGGCCCAUGUGCUCUAGAAUACGGUGUAUCCAUUACUGACAGUUGUAUUAAUUGGAAAGAUACAGAGCUUGUAUUACAAAACUUGGCUGAAGCUGUAAAAGCAAGAAGAAACUAUAAAAAUAGUAAAUAA